UUCCAUCAUCAAUGAUAGCCCUUCAAGCAAUAUUGGACCAUCCCCCAUGUCACAUGCUGACAUUUUGAAAUACUCGAAGUUGUCUCCUGAUCAUGGACGGAAGUUAACUCUUGACAAUAUUGACAUACACCAGGCAACACAUGAUAUGACAGAGGAGAAUCAGAAUCCAGAUGCUCAUUAUUGUACACUUAUGUCAACGGAGAACCGAGUGUCGGGUAAUCACUUGAAUAACGAUAAGCCAAUAUGCGAUCUAAAUGCAUUGGAAAAUGCGACAUUUUGCCCAAGCAAAUUUGAGCACAGUAAGCAGCGUCAAAACUACAUUGACUUGGUUAGCAGAGUUAUGACCAACUCCAUUUCUUGCUUGAAAGGCUUAAAAGAAGCAGUUACCUACCACAUAUCACACCAGUAUUCCAAAGAAAUGGCGAAACCUACCGAUACUACUCUUAUUGGUGUCAUAUACGAAAAUGAAAAUAAUGCUGAUGGAAUGCAAAAUAUUCUUGACUACCUUCAAAAUUACGUACCGUCAUAUGAGCGAGAGGGAACGAAGAAAUAUGCAGAACAGGCUGUCGUAGGUGAUCAGCUUACGGUUGAAAGAGGAGUGAACGGGUUGUUCGAAGUAUCCAAUGGAUUUACUGCGGAAGAAAGGCACGAAGGACUUCAUUUCGAAGUCGCCGAUUUUCAUGGUGGAAUGAAGUUUUUGGAGUAUAUCUUCAGUCACUUUUACCACCCAGUUGCAACCAACGACAAAUGCACCCUGUACAGCGACCGAAAUCUAAUUAAUAGAAGGAAUGUUCGUACAGAUGUGUCGAAAGAUGUUAGCGCAUGCAAGAAAUUCUUUCUACUUGAACUGGAUGCAAGAAUUGUGGCUGCAACGAUGAAUGAACUGGGCAUUGAAGAUAUUGAUGCAACGCCAAGCACGGACAAAUUGAAGAUGGAUAUUGAGAAUGCCUCAAUUCGAGAGAAGCGCGAGUGCUUGAAUGUACUGGCUGGCAAAGUAGUCAACAAGUACAUUCUCAGGGACGAUAAAGUGCAAGCAAUCCUUGAUAAAACACGAGUAGCAACUGAAGCCAGUAAAAAAGUGGAAACAUCUGAUGGAGAGAGGUACAUGUGUAGGUUUCCUGGUUGCACCAAAUCAUUUCGCUAUGAUGGGAAAAGACGACGUAAUCACGAAAAAACACACGGUGAAAUGGUUGUUGAGGAGAAUCGUGACACGGAAAAAUGUGUGGUAAUGAAGGACGAUAUGUUUAAUUACCAGUCUUCCGUACUUGAGGUUGGUCUCCUUCUUGCUAAUUUUUAUGACGCUGUUACGGAAGGGGAUGGACAGCGCCUAAUAAGAUGUUGGAAGUUUAUGCUACCGUAUUUUAAAGAGGAUGGCCAAAGCAGCAAAAAGUAUGCCCGUGAGGCAUUUUUCCUCCUUUGCUAA